CAUAAUAUUAGCUGCGAUUGGAAGCCUGCCAUCCGAGAGGCACGUUUCUCCUCUAGCGUUUAAUUCCCACAAAUCCGUUUGUUCCGACUGUUAUAUACAAGCUUCUUCUAAUGGUCAUGUGAGUAAGAAUUCCAGUCUGCACUGAAGGUUUGUACUGUGACCAACAGGCUCUGAUCACCUGCAGGCAUCCGGCAGCAGAGAGGAGGGAUGCUCUGGACGUUGGUCCUGCUGGCCCUCUGGGCCUCCUGCGGUGCUCAGGCUGGUGACCAGGGCGAGGACACGGCCUUCGACCUCUUCAGCAUCAGCAACAUCAACCGGAAGACUAUCGGAGCCAAGCAGUUCCGGGGCCCUGACCCCCGCACGCCCGCCUACCGCUUCCUGCGCUUCGACUACAUCCCGCCGGUGGGCGCCGAGUUCCUGGGCCGCAUCGCCCGGCUCAUGCGGCAGAGGGAGGGCUUCUUCCUCACGGCCAGCCUGAAACAGGACCGCAAGUCCCGGGGCACCCUGCUGGCCCUUGAGGGCCCCGGUGCCACCCGCAGGCAGUUUGAGCUCGUCUCCAACGGCCCGGCCGACACGCUGGACCUGACCUACUGGGUGGAUGGCACCCAGCAUGUGCUGUCCCUGGAGGACGUGGGCCUGGCCGACGCCCAGUGGAAGAACGUCACGGUGCAGGUGACCGGCGAGACCUUCAGCCUGUACGUGGGCUGUGACCUCAUCGACAGCUUCAUGCUGGAGGAGCCCUUCUACGAGCAGCUGAAAACGGAGAAGAGCAAGAUGUACGUGGCCAAAGGCUCUGUCCGGGAGAGUCACUUCAGGGGUCUGCUGCAGAAUGUCUACUUGGUGUUUGAAAACUCCGUGGAAGACGUUCUCAGCAGGAAAGGCUGUCAGCAAGGCCAGGGAGCGGAAGCCAAUGCCAUCAGCGAGAACACGGAGACGCUGCACCUGAGCCCUGCGGUCACUUCCGCGUACGUGGGCCAGAACGCAGGGGAGAGGCCAGGCGUGUGCGAGCGCUCCUGCGAGGAGCUGGGCAGCAUGGUCAGCGAGCUGUCGGGGCUGCGCCUGGUCGUCAACCAGCUGCACGAGAACCUCAGGAAAGUGUCGAGCGACAACCAGUACCUCUGGGAGCUCAUCGGCGGCCCCCCGAAGACGAGGAACAUGUCUGCGUGCUGGCAGGACGGCCGGUUCUUCGCAGAAAAUGAAACCUGGGUGGUGGACAGCUGCACCAAGUGCACCUGCAAGAAAUUUAAAACUGUUUGCCACCAAAUCUCCUGCCCGCCAGUGACCUGCGCCAACCCGUCACUGCUGGAGGGAGACUGCUGUCCAUCCUGCUUCCACUCGGCAGAUGGCGAGGAGGGCUGGUCCCCAUGGGCGGAGUGGACCCAGUGCUCUGCCACCUGUGGGCCAGGCACCCAGCAGAGGGGACGGUCUUGCGACGUCACCAGCAACACCUGCCUGGGGCCGUCCAUCCAGACGCGGGCCUGCAGCCUGGGCAAGUGUGACAACCGCAUCCGGCAGGACGGUGGCUGGAGCCACUGGUCACCGUGGUCCUCCUGUUCUGUGACCUGUGGGGUCGGCAACAUCACUCGGAUACGUCUCUGUAACUCGCCGGUGCCCCAGAUGGGGGGCAAGGCCUGCAAAGGCAGUGGCCGGGAGACGAAAGGCUGCCAGGGAGUCCCGUGCCCAGUCGACGGCCGGUGGAGCCCCUGGUCACCCUGGUCUGCCUGCACCGUCACCUGCGCCGGCGGCAUCCGGGAACGGACGCGCGUGUGCAACAGCCCCGAGCCCCAGCACGGAGGGGAGCCCUGCAGGGGGGAUGUCAGGGAGCAGCAGAUGUGCAACAGGAGGAGCUGCCCCGCAGACGGCUGCCUGUCCAACCCCUGCUUCCCGGGAGCCCAGUGCAACAGCUUCCCCGAUGGCUCCUGGUCCUGUGGCUCCUGCCCCGUGGGCUUCCUGGGCAACGGGACCCACUGCGAGGAUCUGGACGAGUGCGCCCUGGUCCCCGAUGUCUGCUUCUCCACGACCAGCAAGUCCCAGCGCUGCGUCAACACGGACCCCGGGUUCCACUGCCUGCCCUGCCCCCCUAGGUACAAGGGGACCCAGCCCUUCGGGGUCGGCCUGAAGGCGGCGGAGACAGAAAAGCAAGUGUGUGAGCCCGAGAACCCCUGCAAGGAGCAGACCCACCGCUGCCACCGGUAUGCCGAGUGCAUCUACCUGGGGCACUUCAGCGACCCCAUGUACAAGUGUGAGUGCCAGACGGGCUACGCGGGUGACGGGCUCAUCUGCGGGGAGGACUCCGACUUGGACGGCUGGCCCAACAAGAACCUGGUCUGCGCCACCAAUGCCACCUACCACUGCGUCAAGGACAACUGCCCACUCCUGCCCAAUUCCGGGCAAGAAGAUUUCGACAAGGACGGCAUUGGGGACGCCUGUGAUGAUGACGACGACAACGACGGUGUCAGUGACGAGAAGGACAACUGCCAGCUUCUCUUCAACCCCCGCCAGCUCGACUACGACAAGGACGAGGUCGGGGACCGCUGUGACAACUGUCCAUACGUGCACAACCCUGCCCAGAUCGACACGGACCACAACGGCGAGGGGGACGCGUGCUCUGUGGACAUCGAUGGGGACGACGUCUUCAAUGAGCGAGACAACUGUCCCUACGUCUACAACACAGACCAGAGGGACACGGAUGGCGAUGGCGUGGGCGACCACUGUGACAACUGCCCCCUGGUGCACAACCCUGACCAGACCGACGUGGACAAUGACCUCGUGGGCGACCAGUGUGACAACAAUGAGGACAUCGAUGAGGACGGCCACCAGAACAACCAGGACAACUGCCCCUACAUCUCCAACGCCAACCAGGCCGACCACGACAGCGACGGCAGGGGGGAUGCCUGCGACUCGGACGAUGACAACGACGGGGUUCCCGACGACAGGGACAACUGCCGGCUGGUGUUCAACCCCGACCGGGAGGACUCGGACGGUGAUGGGCGGGGAGAUGCUUGUAAAGAUGACUUUGACAACGACAGCGUCCCUGACAUUGACGACGUGUGUCCGGAGAACAGCGCCAUCAGCGAGACUGACUUCAGGAACUUCCAGAUGGUCCACCUGGACCCCAAGGGCACCACACAGAUCGACCCCAACUGGGUCAUCCGCCACCAGGGCAAGGAGCUGGUGCAGACGGCCAACUCCGACCCCGGCAUCGCUGUGGGUUUCGACGAGUUUGGGUCUGUGGACUUCAGCGGCACAUUCUAUGUCAACACCGACCGGGACGAUGACUAUGCCGGCUUCGUGUUCGGGUACCAGUCCAGCAGCCGCUUCUACGUGGUGAUGUGGAAGCAGGUGACCCAGACCUACUGGGAGGACCAGCCCACCCGCGCCUACGGCUACUCGGGCGUGUCCCUCAAGGUGGUCAACUCCACCACGGGGACGGGCGAGCACCUGAGGAAUGCUCUGUGGCACACGGGGAACACAGCGGGACAGGUGCGGACGCUCUGGCAUGACCCCAAAAACAUUGGCUGGAAAGACUAUACUGCCUACAGGUGGCACCUGACCCACAGACCCAAGACCGGGUACAUAAGAGUCUUGGUGCACGAAGGAAAGCAGGUCAUGGCGGACUCAGGGCCCAUCUACGACCAGACCUACGCAGGCGGGCGGCUGGGCCUGUUUGUCUUCUCUCAAGAAAUGGUCUAUUUCUCGGACCUCAAGUACGAGUGCAGAGGUAAUACAGAGUAGGACCAGACAAAAGCCAUGGCCCACCAUCCUGUGCUCACUGUUUUCUGUAGAUGUGUGAACCGGCCUCACUGCGUGUCCCGCACGUACCGUAGAUGCUGUUACCAGACACCUCAGUCCUGCCUGGUCCUACGGCUUCUCUCUUCAGCAGCAUCUUCUGUCCUUGACCUUAACUUCGAUCGGUUCUUCACCGCCUCCCUCAACCCCAAGCCCAAGCGCCUUCAGAGGAUGAAUUUUGAUGGGCCAAAGAUGAACGUCCCCCCCGCCCCAGGAAAGUGAUGAUGCACGAGACUGUAUGUGGAGUGACCAUUGACAGGACAUUGUUUCUUCCCGUUUGUUUAAAAAGAGCGACGUUUACAUAUAAAGUGCAAUUACUGGUUGUAUUUAUGUGUAUAUGGAGUUGGACCUGCUGUGGCGUUAGCAGGACAGUGUCGCUACCUGACUUUCACCGCCUGCAGCGGCCUCUGCUCUUGGUCAGGCCCACGCCGCUCCAGGACCACGCCACUUGUUAGGUCCCUUAGGAGGAGGCUCGGGUCUGGGGGGAGGCCGUAGGGGUGAGGUCAGGAGGUGAGUCACCUGAUGCAGUUGGGCAGUGAACUAAUUGGGACGUUAAAAAUGAGAAUUAGUGAAAACCUCUCCCCCAUUCUUGUCUAAAGUGAAAGCCUUGCCCUUGCAGAGAUGGGUUUUAUCCAGGAAGGAACAUCCCGGCUAACUGGCUGGACCGUGGGGCAGAUGGGGGCCUGGCGAGACCGCCUCCGUGUGACGGUUGACAGGGCGGGGCCCUCACCCAGGCCGCUCUGGCGAUCUCAGAUUGAGAGAGCUCAGCCAGCUGUCGCCUGGUCCCGCUUCCGACCCUCUCUCCAGCCUCUGCUGCAGAGACGAGACACAGGGAGGAGCCCCCAGUGCCCUUUGGUGUCCAGUUCCCAGCCUGGGCUUUGAACCACGGAAGAGUUGCUUUUACCUAACUGAGUAACACGUUUCAUUAAGGUUCCAGUCGUAAAUGUUGUGCUUGUAUUUAUUGAAAGAGUACAGAAUGCAGUUCCAUUCCACGGUAACUUAUUCUAAAUGUGCCAAGGAAGACACAGGUGGUACAAUUCCUAGAAAUAAACGUCUCACUAGAAUAUAAUAAUAUAAAGGUAGUUACAGCAAAUUAUCUCCCUGUCAAAAUACGAGGCUUUAUAACUUACGUUGUCAGAAUAAAACAUGCUGUAAGAUGCGGAAGAACAAAUAAAUAAUGAGAGUUUACGGUGGAACUUGAGUAAAUACUGUCGCGGUGACUUAAUUCGACAUUUCCCCCCGUUACCUGCCUGCUGUACAGAGGAUUUAGAAUCUGACGACCGAGGAAGUCGGCACAAAGUCUCGCCAGAGCCACCUGUAGUCAGCCACCCGGUCGCACGCGUUGGGCUCAUUUCUGCUCUAAGCUGCAUGGUCCUUCCGCAGGGGGUUGAUCAGAGAAGUCGGGUCCGUCCGACUGAGGCAAACCUCCCCUUUCUGUUAAUAGCGAUUUCAUUUUGACGGCAAACCGAGCGAAUCUGUGGUUUGUCUUAACUCUGACCUUUCAUUUGAUGAAGUCAGUUUGCUGCUUUCUUGGAGGUUGAUUUUCUUUGUCUUCUGCACUUUUACUUUUUGUGGCUCUUUAGUCCCAGGACAGCAGGGUUGCAGCCGUCGGGCCCGUGGGGUGGGGAGGGCGGGGCUCUCGCUGCCGGUGGGCUCUGGCCCGAGGACGCGGUGGUGUGGGCGGUGAUGUGAAUGUUCAGAAUGUACCAUAUUUUUUUGUAAAUUAUUUAUGUGUUUUGAACGAACUUCUCGUGAAGACUGAUGGAAUCCGCUUGUUUUACCAACGACUGUAAAUACUUAUUUAUUUGUUCUCAGGGUCAGCGGUUCACUGCGGAAACCCUGCCUUUAGCUAGAGACUCGUUUUAUACUUUAAGAUGAACAGAAAAUAAAUUGUAAAAAGGUUUUCUAUAAA